AUGACACGGAUGUUGCGUCUUUGCCACGUCGCCUUUCAACUCGCCCUGGCCUUCGUAGCCAUUCGCUCAGAUCAAGACAGCAGCAACAGCAGUAACGACAGGGGCGAUGGUGGGGACGUCGUUGGUGAUUUCGUGUUCGCGUCAAUCCUGAUCAUGCCCUCUGUUGCGAACGACACGAACUCAACCUUUGGAAAUCAAUCUGAACCGUUUCUAAGUGACAAGCGCUCGGGUCGCACGCAGCUCUUGUACAACUGCACUUCUUCUCCAAGCCUUUGGAACCUCCUCGAGGACUCGAAUAUGGUAAAACUAGAGACCUUUCAGGAAUUCCCAAGCAGCGACAGCAACACUGUGGACUCAUCCUCUGGCAGCAGCAGUACUACGUCUGAUCCUCGAAACACUGUUGCCGUGGCCGUGGUACAGAUUGCAGACUGCUCCACGAUAGAAACCACAUUAACGGAACGGCCUGUGGUCUUGAACUCGUUCUUUGGAGCCGACUUUCCGAACUCCUCUCCCUCGUACCUGUACAUUACCAACAGUGCGUUGCUGAGUAACUCUUCUGGCUCUGCUUCGUUAUCAUCAGGUGCAUGUAGACUUAGACUGGAAAUGGCUCAGGCGACGCUGCCAGACGUGUAUCCCGAAUGCAAGAUCAGAUUUGAAUCGACAGACUUGGAUUCGAUCCUCUUGGAAUCUCCAACAACUAAUGAUGAGGAUGGACAGCCACCGAGUCGCCGACUUGAAGAUGCGAGCUCUUUUGACUUCAUUAGGGAUCCAUCGUGUACGACGGAGUGCGGAGCCGAUGACCUUGAUCAUAAUACCUGCUACGCCCCAGCGCUGGAUGGUCGUCAGACAGUGGUCCAGUGCAAAAUGCAGUUUUACGCGAAGAACAGUGCUUGCAACUUCGAAUGUGGCGAUGAAACAGGCUCUCCAUACAACCUUUCAGCACUCGACGUGAGCCAAUGCUACAGCUGCUACUCAGAGUCCAAGUACGGGUGUCCAUCUGGCUACAUAAUGAACAGUGCUGGUUGCUGUCGCGUCCUGUCGUGUCCGGCAAUGGUGAGCCCGGGCAUGUCGUCGCCAAGAUCGUUCACUCUGAAUUUACAACCGAACCGAAGUGCGGUCACGAACCCGUCGAUGAUGCUGUACACCAGUGGCGAUUGUUCCGAUCCCACGAAUCCUUCCAACGACUGCUGUCGUAUCACGUGCGAAAACUGCUUCAUUAACAUGUCGAUUGCCUCGCUGUAUGCCGAAGUCGACGUUUAUUCCUCUUCGGUGGAUUACACAGCCACUGAGAUGAAGUUAGUUGGAAAUUCGGCGAUAAACGUCAAGGUGGUUUCUCCAAACGGCUGCAAACUCGAGUCAACGACGCUGAGAUCAUUUCGCAUUACCCCGUUGUCGAUACCUCUAGGCCUGACGUCCCUUGAAGUGGACUUUACCGUGGAUUUCGUUGGGGAGCUCGCUAUCAAGCCGCAUGGAUCAAGCGCCCAAAUUGGAGUUACCUUUCAGAUUGAACAUUUAUCUGCGGGAUCCAUAAACUCACACGACUUUGUUGACAAGAAAAUUGUGUUUCAAGGAGGCGAAGACAUCUCGAAAAGUGGCAUCCACACUGUCGUUGAGCUAUCGGUCGCUCCAACUGUAAGGGCGAAUCUAGUCUUCCUCGAUCUUGCAAGUAUUGGGGUCCAAACGGGGUUUCCUACUUUUGUGCGUCUUGAGUCAAUAGUCAAGUAUCCUGAACAAUUUCCGGCCUUGGCGACACCAUAUCUCGACGAUUCCUCCCAAUAUCGCGGCGGCGACUGUUCUAAAUCCCAUUUCAUGGAGUACAGGGGAGUUUGUGGGUACCAGCCUGUCGAGAUCGCAUCCUAUGCCACUAUCGAGAUUCCGUGGGAUUCCGAUCUGCUGUAUGAGAAGCCUCUGACGCAGUAUGGCGCCGAUAACACCAGCAGCCUAUUCAGUGGAUGUGUAUCUUCCGAGUACAAUGCGGUAAUGCUCUUAAACACCGCAGCAAACGCAGUCACGUCGGCUACAACUGCAAAAGUAUCGUCUGCACUUCAGAAGAUCCUGAUGUAUGCUCUCCAAAUUCCUGACAUUGACCCCAAUUUUCUUAAAAUCCCCAUCUAUUCCUCAGGUCAAAUCACCGUCACUAUCGCAGUGCCUCCUUCUGUGGCCGACAUGUAUCCAAUUCCAUCCGAACUUGAGACUCAGUUCUACCAAGUCGCAAGAACUGCCGCUUUUGCUGACACUGUGAGCUCGUUCGUCGGGCUCAGUAUCGUUGCGCAAUGUCAAAGUGGAUUCUGGGGCGCUUCCUGUCUUAGCGCUUGCACUUCACCCAACUGUGCCACGGUUACUUGUAAUUCUGCCACGGGGGUCGUGACAGCGUGCACCUCCUGUAAACAAGGCUAUUGGGGGUCGCCAAGCUGCAGCAACACAUGCGUCUUGCCGCAGAACUGCCAAGCAGGAACUGUCACCUGCGAUUCCAAGGGCAAAGCGACCUCGUGCACCGCGUGCAAUGACGGCUGGUGGGGCCCGACCUGCACCAAAAAGUGCACCUCGCCACAGUGCGGGGACGGCGCCAUUACCUGCGAGAUCGACGGUACUAUCACGUCGUGUAGCUCGUGUAGCCCGGGAUACUGGGGUUCCACUUGCAGCAACUCGUGCUCAUCGCCUCACUGUCCUGUUGAAUCGGCGAGUUGCGACGACCUAGGGAGUGUGACUUCGUGCAGUUCAUGCGAGACAGGAUGGUGGGGUCAUACGUGCGACAACCAGUGCUCUUCACUCAACUGCAAGACUGGCAGUGUCAGCUGUGAUUCCGAAGGCCAUGCGAUCUCGUGCAGCUCAUGUGGUGACGGUUGGUGGGGGCAGACUUGCAGUGAUCAGUGCACAGCACUUAAUUGCAAGACCGGCAAGGUUAGCUGUGACGCCGAGGGGGACACUAUUUCGUGCAGCGAAUGCGAGGAAGGCUGGUGGGGACCGACUUGCAGCAACGAAUGUACUUCAUCUCAAUGUACAGCCGGUAACGCUAGCUGCGAUUCUACUGGCAAUGUGGUCUCGUGUAGCUCAUGCGAUGACGGUUGGUGGGGUCAAACGUGCAGCGAGCAGUGCACAGCUCUUAGCUGCAAGACCGGUAACGUCACCUGUGAUGCCGCGGGCGAUACGAUUUCGUGCAGCGAAUGUGAGGACGGCUGGUGGGGGCCGACGUGCAAUAAUACGUGUGAGUCUCCGGGGUGUGAGGACGGCGGGAUGACUUGCAAUCUGGACGAUGGAUCGGUUACUUGGUGUAGCUCCUGCAACACGGGAUACUGGGGAUCUCCUACCUGCAACAACGCAUGCGAAUCAUUGCACUGUCCUACUGGCUCAGCGAGUUGCGAUUUCGAAGGCAACGUACUCUCGUGUGGCUCAUGUGAGACUGGAUGGUGGGGUCAGAACUGCAGCGAUCAAUGCAUCGCGCUCCACUGCACCAACGACGCUAUUAGCUGCGAUUUAUUUGACGGGACAGUGUCCAACUGCAGCUCUUGUGAGGAUGGGUACUACGGAUCAACGUGUGAGGAUGAAUGUGAACUACCGGCACAUUGUGAGAGCUCGAUUUGUGAGCAGCAAGAAGGGGGAGCAGUCGAAUGCUCGUCCUGCGAGGAUGGUUAUUACGGAUCAACUUGCGAGAGUAAGUGCAGUAUCCCGCAGAAGUGCCAGAGCUCACGAUGUGAACCAGACUCCGGAGAAGACGUCGAGUGUUUGGUUUGCGAUGACGGCUUCUUUGGGCCCAAGUGUGAGGGCAAGUGCAGCGUACCGGAGAACUGCAACAGCACCCGAUGCGAUAUCUCUGGAGAAACAACGCAAUGUUUGACGUGCACGACGGGCUGGUGGCAUGCGAUUUGUCGGGAGCCGUGUGUUUCGAGCCAUUGUAUCGCGGGAUCUGCCACUUGCCACGUCGACGAUGGGGCUGUCACCUCCUGUGACUCAUGCGAAGAUAGCUGGUGGGUGGCUGCGAAGAUGGCUACUGGGGGUUAG